AUGUCUUUAACACAUUCAGUUAGUACUAAUUCAACAUCGUCUUCAGCUACAGUGUCAACUAUGCCUCCGAAUAAAGAAACAAUAGAUCCAUCAAAUAUUUUAUAUAAUGAUCGACAAAAUUAUCAAGCAAUAUUUUCGAAUGAUUCGCGAUUUUUUGAUACUAGUCUACACUUAUUUAAAUCAUAUUGUGAGUUAGGUUAUAUUCAAUUAGAUAAUAAAAAAUCUAAAAGAAAUUCAUAUAUUUCCUCUUCAACCAAUACUCCGAAACCACCAUCAAAUGGAUUUAACAGCCGUGGGCGACCUAAAUCAACUGGAUUUAGUAGUUAUCAGAAUAUUCAUGGAAAUUCUAAUGGAUCACUCAACAAACUACCAUUUAUAAGAAGUCUUGAUAAUUCGAUUAGUCGACGAUCAGAUCCAGGUUCUUUAAAAUCAAAAUCAACAAAAACAAAACCUGAGAAAUCAGCAUUGACUGUUUUUUAUCCAGAACCAUCAAUUCAUCCUGAUACAAAUAGUGAUAGUUCGGAUGAUCCUGAUAUAAUUGUAACAAGAUUGUGA